GUGGUUUAGAGGAAGCGGAAAUUAACGGAGCGGUUGAUAGACAACAUCUAGACUAAUAAAUAGAAUCAAUAAUAAACGAACUAUGGCUGUGCCACAAACUGAUUCUGUGGACGAAAAACCAGCUAGUAGGAAACCUAAAGAUUCAAAGUUUAAACAACAAAAAUUGCCUGCCUGGCAGCCAAUUCUAACUGCACAGACCGUUUUACCCGUAUUUGCCGCGAUAGGAAUAGCUUUCAUACCCAUAGGAAUUGCCCUAUUAAUCACAUCAAACAAUGUGAUGGAAAUAAAAAAAGAUUAUACACACUGCAAUGAUACAGAGACAGGGCAGUCGUGCGCUCGCGUUAUCAGGGAUGGUACCAAAAAGACCUGUAAAUGCGAAGUUAAGUUUAACAUUGCAGAGGGAGAAGAAUUAAAAGGAAAUGUCUAUCUCUAUUAUGGCCUAUCGAAUUUUUAUCAAAACCACAGAAGAUAUGUUAGAUCUAGAGAUGACGAUCAAUUAAGGGGAGAAACUGGUAAACUAACCGACUAUUGCGAUCCGUAUAAAGAUGAAAAAAAUUCGACAAGCGGUAAAACCUUUAAAUACGCUCCAUGUGGUUCAAUUGCCAAUAGUUUUUUUCAAGACAGAUUUAGUUUAUCUUACCAAAAACCGAAUAAAGAAUACGUUACAGCUAAAUUAAAAAAUACUGGUAUUGCAUGGUCAACGGAUAAAAGAGUCAAGUUUAACAAUCCGGGUGGUAAACCUUUAAAAGAAGCCUUUAAAGAUACAAUAAAGCCGAAAAAUUGGCUGAAACCUGUCUAUGAAUUGGAUACUGAAAAUGAAGAUAAUAACGGUUAUAAAAACGAAGAUUUAAUAGUAUGGAUGCGUACCGCAGCUUUAAAUACUUUUAGGAAAUUGCAUAGAAUAGUUGAUACAAGUGAUGAAUAUUUUAAAGACGGAUUGAGAGCUGGAAACUAUAAAAUUGAUGUAGAUUAUUCUUUUGAAGUAGACUCCUUUAAAGGGAAGAAGUAUAUAAUACUAACAACAACAUCUUGGCUAGGAGGAAAGAACCCUUUUUUGGGUAUUGCUUAUAUUGUUACUGGAAGCGUUUGUAUUGUUUUGGCGGUUGUAUUUUUUAUAAUUCAUAUAAAAAUAGGAAAAAAACCGCAUGAAAUGGUAUCGAAUGUAGAUAGUAGUACGGAAUAUUAG